AGAGCCAACCCACGACGUCGGACGAGACGGUGGUGGCCGGCGGUACGGUGGUGCUCAAGUGCCAGGUGGAAGACCCUGACGACUCCUCCCUGCAGUGGUCCAACCCUGCCCAGCAGACCCUCUACUUCGGGGAGAAACGAGCCCUGCGAGAUAACAGGAUCCAGCUGCAGAAGUCCACGCCAAACGAGCUCACCAUCAGCAUCAGCGAGGUGGCCCUCUCCGAUGAGGGGGAAUACACCUGCUCCAUCUUCACCAUGCCCGUGCGGACCGCCAAGGCCCUCGUCACCGUGCUAGGGAUCCCCCAGAAACCCCAAAUCUUUGGCUACGAGCAGCCCAUCGAUGAAAACAAGACGGCCCAGCUGACCUGCCGCACCUCUGGCAGCAAGCCCGCGGCCCAGCUGCGAUGGAGGAAGGGCAACAAGAAGCUCCUGGAUGCAAGAAUCGAGGUGGUAGAAGACCCCAACGGGAAGACCUUCACUGUGAGCAGUCAGGUGGAGUUCCCUGUGAGCAAGGAGGACAACAAUAUUGAAGUGACCUGCACGGUGGACCAUGAGUCCCUGCAGAACACAGAGAGGUCAACCACGCAGAAGCUGCAGGUCCACUACAUGCCAACGGCCAAGAUCGAGCCGCAUCCCCAGUACCCGCGCGAAGGCGAGAAGCUCCGGCUGCAGUGCGACGGGCAGGGCAACCCCGUCCCCGAGAGGUUCGAGUGGAAGAAGGAAGGCAACGAAACCCCGCUGCAGGAGAGCUCCGAGAACAUCCUCUUCUUCCCCUUCCUCAACAAGAGCGACAGCGGCACCUAUCUCUGCAAGGCCACCAGCUCCAUGGGCAGCGUCGUGGCCAAGUACAACCUGGACGUCAGCGAUGCCAGCCCGGUGCCAUCGACCUCGGGCGCGUACCACGCGGUCAUCGGCGGAGUGGUUGCCGUCAUCGUCUUCCUCCUGCUCAGCCUCCUCAUCGUCCUGGGACACUACCUGAUCAGACACAAAGGUACCUACCUGACCCACGAGGCCAAGGGGUCGGACGAUGCCCCAGACGCAGACACGGCCAUCAUCAACGCGGAGGGCGGCCAAGCCAGCGGCGACGACAAGAAGGAGUAUUUCAUCUAGGGGCGGCGCAGAGGGCGAGAGAUGGAGCCAACAAACCCCAAUGCAAAUGGAAACCAGACCACAAACCCAACUCAACCCAACAGAUUUUCUCUCACGCCCGGGAUGGGCAGACGGACGGACAGAGGGAUGGCGGGACAGAGAGCAGAGAGCGACCGGCCUGAGACAUGAUGCUUCUUCUUGAACUUGUACAAAACGUUAUUACUACGAACAGCGAAAGCCCCGGCCCCGUUUGCUUGCUUGCACCUCCAUCCCUGCGACCGGCGCUCGCACUAAGCACAGACCAACCAGUGA